AGCAGCAACAAAUGAGACCAUUUUUCCAAUUCUACCCUUUUCUUACACAACAACAGAAAUAAACUGCCCCAAACCCUAAAAUUUACAAAAAAAUCAGAAACUUUCAUUUCCAAAAAUUUCAAUUUUUUUCCUUUCCAUAAAUGACAUCUUAAAAUCAACACCAUUUUGACUGAUCUAAAGGGGUUUUUGUGCUCUGGGGUUUCUUCAGAAUUCAAAGUCACAAAUGAAGCAAUUGAGAUCUACAUCUGCAGUACAGUGGUGUAGACUUUUGUACCGAUUUUGAAAAAAAAAAAAAAGGUAUCAUUUUUUAUGGUUUUUUGAUUGAAUUUGGAUUACUGCAAGAUGGUAUUUUGGGAAGAUUAUUUGAGUGAUGAAGUAAUGGGUACAUUUGCACCAAUAGUAUUGUAUUGGAUAUAUGCUGGGAUUUAUCAGUUAUUACCACCAUUAGAUCAAUAUCGUUUACAUACAAGAAAAGAGACUGAUGAGAAGAAUUGUGUUGCACUCUCUACUGUGAUUAAAGGUGUUCUAUUACAACAGCUUGCUCAAGCUACUGUUGCCCAUGUACUCUUCUUGAUAACCUCUAUGUUGAGCUCGUCUGAAGUUGUGGUUCAGCCCUCUCUUCCUAUUCAGCUUUUGCAGAUUUUUGUGGCCAUGUUGGUCAUGGAUACAUGGCAGUACUUUGUACACCGCUACAUGCACCAAAACAAGUUCCUCUAUCGACAUGUUCACUCUCAACAUCACAAACUGGUUGUUCCCUAUGCAAUUGGGGCUCUUUAUAACCACCCUCUAGAGGGGCUUUUGCUCGACACAUUUGGUGGGGUCUUCUCAUUCUUGAUUUCGGGAAUGACUGCACGGACAGCUGUGAUCUUCUUCUGCCUUGCUGUGGUGAAAACUGUCGAUGAUCAUUGUGGUCUCUGGCUGCCUGGUAACAUCUUCCAUCUUUUAUUCCAGAACAACACUGCUUACCAUGAUAUCCAUCAUCAAUUACAGGGAACAAAAUUUAAUUAUUCACAACCAUUUUUCCCAAUUUGGGAUAAACUACUUGGGACCCACAUGCCUUACAAUCUUGUGAAGCGACCAGAAGGAGGCUUCGAGGCAAGGCCAAUCAAGGAUUAUAAAGAUUAGUGAUCUUUACCAUUGAUUUGUGAAUGUUUUUAGGGUCAGUCAUUGUAUCAUCAACCAGAAAAAUGCAUACUGCUCAAUAGAAGAUCCAGUAAUCUUCAUUGACAUGACCCGAGUCGGAUUAUGCUGCGCUAUGUUAGAAUAUUUGUUCAGCCAUCGACUUUCCAGAGAUCCAAAACUUUUAAGAAUUGGUUCUUUGUAGCAGUUGAGGUUUGGCAAUUGAUGUUGAACAAUUAAUUUAUUCACCUGACAACAUUGUUUCGUUCCUGGUUUUUCCUGUGUAUGUUGCCUAUUGUAUUUCAUCAACCACCAAGGAAUUGUGUAUCUUCUUCAUUACCUCUGAUCUAUGUUUCGUGUAUGUAGAAUCGUUUCUUUUCAUGGAUUUGAUAAUGUGUAACUUUUGAAGACUUACUGGACAUUGUCAGAUUAAAAUUAUUCAUGUAUUCAUGGUAGGUGCUUUA